CCAUAGCAACGAGCAUUGUCCGCCAUUUUGGGGCUACGUGGCGCCGCGCGCGCCAUUGUCGCUAUGCGAUAGUUGUGUAGUUUUUGGCCAAAAUCUACGUUUUGUGACAGCAUUAUGCCGACUUGCAUCGUGGUCGGAUGUGGGACAAGGACGGGGAAAGGCCAGGAAGCGGUAAGACUGUUCCGUGUUCCUCGUGUGAUCACAAAUCAGGGGGAAUAUGUACAAGAAUUAACAUCAACCCGUCGAAGAAAAUGGAUUUCUGCGAUAAGUCGAGCAGACCUGACCGAGAUGAAGUUGGAAUGCGAACGAGUGUGCAACAAACAUUUUGUCUCUGGCCAGCCGAGCAAGCAUUGGGAAAGGUUUAACGUAGAUUGGGUACCAACACUGAACCUGGGACACAGUAAGAUAAAACAAGAGAGUGGGAAAGGUGCUGAACGAGCCGAACGAACAGCCCAGCGGCGGAAACGUCGGGAAGAAAGUGCCAAAGCUGAAGCUACCGUGAGUAAAGUAAAAAGGGUGAAAGAGCCUGGACAAUGUGUCAGCGAAACAUUUCUUGAACUUGAGAAUGCUACAUCCACAUCUGUUGCUAGCAAUGAUCCUGUACAUGACAAUUGCUUCUCUGAGUCUGAGGCCUGUGAACCUGAACUUGAAGAUUGUUUUGACGUGUAUGCACCAGCCUCAACCAUGGAGGUAGAAGGGACCCCAACUGACUUACAACAAUGUGAAGGCCAAGCUACCAAAGAUGAUCAGACUUGUAUCACUUCGCAUCAUGUUGUAACGCAGACUUCUUCCACAAGUUCCAGUACCAAGGAACCCUCAAGCACUACUGACAAUUGUACUCAAACAUCUGAAUUUGACUAUCUGUUUAAGGAAACCAAGGUACAGCCAUUCACUGAGGAGUACUUUACAAACUGUCGUGACAGUGAUGACAGGGUAAGGUUUUACACCGGCUUGCCAAGCUUCGAUACACUGAAGACAGUUUUCGACUUUGUUGCGCCUCAUGUGUCAAGGAGGACCCAAACCUUGACACCAUUUCAAGAGUUUGUCAUGGUUCUGAUGAAACUGAGAUUAAAUGUGCCCCAGCAAGAUCUUGCAUAUCGGUUUGAUAUCAGUCAGCCCACUGUGUCGAGGAUUUUUCUGUCGUGGAUGACAGUUAUGGACAUAAGACUGUCACCACUUCUCAGGUGGCCUGCACGAGAAGAUAUCAUGCAUACCAUGCCAGCUUGUUUUAAGGCCACAUUUGGUAGUAAGGUUACCAUAAUCAUUGACUGUUUUGAAGUAUUCGUUGAAAGGUCUUCGAACAUUCGUGCAAGAGGUCAGACCUUUAGCAACUACAAGCAUCAUAACACUGUUAAAGUGCUCGUAGGCAUUGUGCCACAGGGAUCAAUCUGUUUUGUUUCUUGUGCAUGGGGAGGGCGCACUUCUGACAAACACCUUACCGAACAAAGCGGUCUGUUGGACAAACUAAGCCCUGGUGACUUUGUCAUGGCCGACCGUGGAUUCACUAUUCAAGACUCACUUGCAAUACAUCAGGUUCAGCUGGCAAUGCCGGCAUUCACACGUGGAGGGAAGCAGCUAAACCCUGUUGACAUUGAACGCACACGAGAAAUCGCAAAUGUGAGAAUCCACGUUGAACGUGUGAUUGGCCAGGUUAAGCAGAAAUACAAGAUUCUGCAGGAAACACUACAAAUCCAUUAUGUGAGUUCUGCAGAGGGAGUCACAAAACCAAUGGCAGACAAGAUGAUAAGGGUGUGUUGUGCAUUAUGCAACCUGUGUCCACCAAUCGUACCCUUUACUUAGGUAUCUCGAUCAUCAUCUCGACUCACAAGGGUCCAAAUAUGUAGUGUAUGCUU